AUGUCUACUGAGAAAGACAGUGGCGAUGGUUCAGACAGCAGUGUUCAAGCAUCAUGGAGUGUAAAGAAUCCUGAAAAAUGGCACUUGGGAAGAGCAGUGGCAUAUAGAGCAGUUUAUGGUUUUAAAGGUUCCAAUCACAGAAAAGAUAGAGGUAAUAAUGAUGCGGCCAAGAUAUCACCGAGCAGGCUCAGCAAGGUCUCACUGGCUACGGCACUAUUCUUUAUGCAAGUCGUUGGUCCUAACGGCGCUCACAAUAGAUUUAAGGUCAUAUGGGUCUGUCCCAACCAACCCAUUCAUAAAAAAUAA